AUGAGCAAAUGGGCGUACAAAAAAGACCUGGAUGUUUCUCACAUUGAUGGGAAUGCAUCGACGGAAGCCAAGAGAUUUGGGCUUGCAAUUCUUCACCUAUUCAUUGGCACAAAAAGUACUUCCUUUGGCGCAGAUAUUGGUCAAUACAUGAACUGGACAGAAAUGAAUAUCCACAAACAAGGUCAAUACACCUUCGCAGAAACUGUAUUCGAGGUCACUGUUUAUCAAGAUAUGUGCAAUAUUCACAGAAUUUUACAUGGAGCUUGCGCGGCAUAUAUAGUAGAUCUGUGCACGAAUGCGUCACUUGUAUCUCUUGGAACGGCCGAGGGUUUUGACGGUACUGGAGUUUCUCAAUUCAUGAACCUCGUCUGGCACCAUCCUAUUCAUCUAGGUAAAAAAAUUAAGGUUGUCUCUACAUCAGUGUCCGGGAAAGGCAGGCUAAGAACGAUGCGGUGUGAGCUUUGGACUGAUGGCCAGAUUUGUGUAUCCGCCGUCCAUUCCACUGUCAAUGUGGCCAUCGUGAACGCCAAACUCUGA